AUGGCUCCGAGUACGGCUCCUUAUUCCACACCAUGGAUUCCGGCACCUUAUGGUAGAGCCUGCGUUGGCUGCUCCCGUGCCAAGUGCAAGUGCUUUUAUCGCUCAAAUGGGGGAAGAUGCGAGAGAUGUUGCCGUCUUGAAAUUUCCUGCGAGCCUGCCGCUGGUGUCCGAAAGAGCAGAUUCAACGCGAUACGAUCUGCACCGAGUGCCGAUGCGAGAUUGGAGCGGAGACUUGACGAUCUUGCCUCUCUAAUACAGUCACAAGGUGCCAGCAGGUCGACAGCUACUCCAGGGACGAACGAUCCCCCUUCGGUUGACUCCAGCGGACAAGUUCCUUUCGAUCCGCCACCAGAGUAUAGCACUCCAGCGUCGCCUGCAUCAUCAUACCAACCGGACGUUGCGAUAAAUUCGGCUGAUGCCACGGUCGAACUCCUCCGUCCCGUGGAACCCGAAUCAAGUGAUCCUUCCUCUCUGAUACAGAGUGACAUGUCUAUCCAUGGCCUCACAGAUCGUGUUGCCGAGGAACAGCUCAACACUUUUCGACGCUCCUUCUUACCCAACUCACCACUGUUUCACCUCCCUCCUUCUCUCACUUCGCGAGAGUUUCGUCAGCAGAAACCAUUUACUUGGUUUGUGACUAUGGCAUUGUCAUCCAAGCAGAUCUCUCAACAAUUUGCCAUGGAAGAGACCAUCUGGCGAAUCAUCUCAAAGAGGAUUGUCUGCGAGCAUCUCGCCAACCUCGACUUGCUCAUUGGACUCAUCUGCUUUGCGUCAUGGUCACAUGGCUUCAAAAUGGACAAGCCGUUCAUGACAAUGCUUACUCAAAUGGCCGUGUCACUGGCCUUUGAACUCGGAUUGCACAAACCUCCCGUAAAUGGGGCCCAGCGCUGCAAAUUCGGGCGAUCUGUUGCCGAGCAGCAACAGGCACGGAGGGAACGAACACUAGAGGAGCGACGAACUAUUCUUGCUCUUUUUCACUUGUCUUCAUCAACUUGGACCGCAUUCCGCAAGACGGAGCCUAUACGCUGGACUGCUUACAUGCAAGAAUGUCUACAAACUCUUUCCGAGCAAGGAGAGUCGCAUCUCGAUGCCAUACUCGUGGCUCAGAUCAAGUAUCAGCUUAUCUUCCACCAGGCUGAACCGUUUGCUUCAGUGCAGCCAUUUUUGGAGGGCACGCAGAAGUCACCAUCUGCGACUCUUAUCACGGCACUGCUGAGGCAGCUUGGUGAAGUCAGAGAUACGUUGCCUGCCAACGUCAAGUCUGAGAGAAUCAUCCAGCUGAACCUGUGUUAUGCGGAACUGGCACUCAAGAAACACCUCAUUGGAGAACCAAAGACAAGCAGUCAAUCAAUCCCGGAAAACUUCCAGAGACUUCAAAAUCUGGAUUCGGCUUUGGGCAGCACCGAAAGAUGGCUAGGACUCUUGUUUGAUAUGCCUCUAAGCGACCUGGCUGGCAUCAACGUCGACUUUUGCACGCAAUUCCUCCACUGUCUGGAGCCGGGAUGGGAUAUGGAAGAGGUGAGAAAGAGGAUAGAUGUAAUGAGUGUUCUUGAUCGUUCCCAUGAGGUACUCGGAGAAGUUUCUAUGGCUAUGGGCAUCGUGGACGACCCGGGUCCUCGCAUGGGCCUCUUAUUUAGGACUGCUGGUCUCCUCAGGGCUGUCAAAACGUUGUUCAUGGCAGAGAUGCAGUCGAGACUACCGCAGAAUGUGCCGCAAGAACAGGCUGCUGAAGACUUGGGUGGUGCGAUGGAUGGCCAGUGUUUGAAUUUUUCAGAUGAGCUCUUCCAGGGCUUAUCAUACACCUGGUUCAGCCGCCUUAUCUCGACCAUGGGAGGCACGCUUGUCAUCGGCGCCUCGAUCCAACUCAUCGCAUAUGCCCUCACCUUCUGGAAGCCCCCAUUCCUAGUGUUUGGAUCAUUCUUCUUCUUUACAGGUCUGGGCGUUGCGUACCUUGACGCUCAGGUGAACACCUAUGUUGCGCACAUGCGAAACUCGCACCAGUGGUUGGGCGUGUUGCAUGCUGCGCAUGGUCUGAGUGCGUUGCUUAGUCCAAUUGCAGCGACGACGUUUGCUACCAAGACUCCUUACUGGCAUCUGGUUUACCUCAUGAUGUUGGUUCUGACACUUUGCAAUAUUGCAUGGUUGUCUUGGAGCUUUAGAGGUAGCCUCUUCAAGUCCUUUGGGUAUACCGAUGGCGAGGACGCUAGUGACUAG